AUGGAUUUCACAGUACUGAAUGUACUAAACCACUCCCCCAAAGACUUCAAGAGCCUGGAGAUUCGAGAAAUCCUAGCUGCAGCAGGAGCCAGAGCUGGAGCUGCAGCUGAGACUGUUGUGCUUCCACCACGUCUAACCCACGGUGCCACGAAGAGGGAUGUGGAUGGAGCAGUAGACCUACCUGCUGAGGAACAAGCCCAAGUCCCAAAGGCAUGGAAGACAUGGGUGUGGCUCUUUUUGAAGCAGAUCAUGGACUACAGAGGAGACUGGAUGAAUGACACAAAGGGGUCCCUGAUGAUGGUGGCCACCAUGAUCGCAACCAUCACCUUCCAAGCGGCUAUUGCACACCCGGGUGGUGUGUGGCAGAAUGACACCACUAACAGCAGGAACAGUGCCCGCAACAACAGCAGAGCGUGUGUUGCCGGGAACGCGGUGCUUGCUUACUACUAUUCUGACGAGUACUUGACCUUCAUGAGGUGGAACAUGAUCUCGUUCUUCGGGUCACUCAUGGUCCUAUUCCUGGUCAUAAGCGGGUUCCCGCUCAGCAACAAAUUUUGCCUAUGGCUCUUGUCACUUGUCAUGUGUGCCACCGUCACCUGCCUUGCCUACACCUUCUUCGAAGCCAUGUGGCUGGUGGUCCCAGAUCACUUGAUAUGCCAAUAUGAAAGGCUCACGAAUGAUGUACACCGCGUGUGGGCAGUGAUGUACAUCGUCGGGCUUUUACUUUUCAUCCGCAUGUGUUACUGGCUGAGAAGCUUCAAGUACAAAGCUGCCUGGAGGAGGUUACUCAGACUUGGUCCCAGCACGUCAAAACUCAUAGUAGAUUCUUACACACACUGA